CUCUAUUUGGAGCUGAACGACUCUGGGGAAGAGGCUUCACGGGCAGGAAAGUCAAAAUGGCCAUUUUUGACACUGGUAUCCGGGCAGAUCAUCCACACUUUCGUAAUAUUAAGAAGGUUGAAGUCUUUCUAAGACAGCAUAACUUUGUAGGAGCGUACAAAUUGGACAAAUGAAGACACGUUAAAUGAUAACCUUGGGCAUGGAACAUUUGUAGCUGGAGUUAUUGCUGGUCAAGAUGCAGAAUGCCCUGGAUUUGCACCAGACACUGAGAUAUAUGCAUUUCGAGUGUUCACAGAUGCUCAGUGCAGAUAUCCUACACAUCAUGGUUCUUGGAUGCAUUCAAUUAUGCGAUAGCAACUGGUAUGGAUGUACUGAAUCUGAGUAUUGGUGGACCUGAUUACCUGGAUCUGCCCUUUGUGGAAAAGGUCUGGGAGCUCACAGCGAACAACAUUAUUAUGGUAUCAGCUAUUGGAAAUGAUGGUCCUCUCUAUGGCACAUUAAAUAACCCAGCUGAUCAAAGCGAUGUCAUCGGAGUUGGUGGUAUUGAUUACAACAACCAUAUAGCUUCAUUUUCCUCUAGGGGCAUGACUACCUGGGAACUUCCUCAUGGAUAUGGCCGUGUAAAACCUGACGUUGUCGCGUAUAGUCGUGAUAUAAUGGGCUCUAAGAUCAGUACAGGUUGUAAGACCCUUUCAGGUACCAGUGUCGCAAGCCCGGUGGUUGCUGGAGUAGUAUGUCUGCUAGUUAGUGUCAUACCAGAAGACAAGCGGAAGUCCAUCCUUAAUCCUGCUAGUAUGAAACAGGCCCUUGUCGAGGGCGCUUCUAAACUUUUGGGGCCAAACAUAUAUGAGCAGGGUGCGGGCAAGCUUGAUCUCUGGCAAUCAUAUGAAAUAUUGAAAAAUUACCAACCACGUGCAAGCAUAUUUCCAAACAUGCUUGACUUCACCGAAUGUCCAUAUUUCUGGCCUUUUUGUCGCCAACCUCUGUACGCUGGAGCUAUGCCAGUAGUCUUCAAUGCUACAAUUCUGAACGGGAUGGGGGUGAUCGGUUAUGUUAAGGAUCCACCUGUAUGGCAGCCAUCUGAAGAUGUGGGCAAUCUUCUUAGUGUUCACUUCACAUACUCUGACACCAUCUGGCCUUGGACAGGGUACCUUGCCCUGCACAUGCAAGUUAAAAGCGAAGGUUCUCAGUUUUCAGGUAUAAUUAGUGGCAAUGUUACUCUGUCGAUUUACAGCCCAGCUGCUCAGGGGGAAAGCAGCCCACGGAGUAGUACAUGUGUUCUUUACCUGAAGAUCAUGGUGGUUCCAACACCUGUUAGGUCCAGAAGAAUACUGUGGGACCAAUUUCAUAACAUCAAGUACCCAUCUGGAUAUGUUCCAAGGGAUUCACUUAAUGUGCAUAAUGAUAUCCUUGAUUGGCAUGGUGAUCACCUGCACACAAAUUUUCACAUACUGUUCAACAUGCUGAGAGAUGCAGGAUACUAUAUUGAGACCCUUGGGUCACCACUUACCUGCUUUGAUGCUAGCAAUUAUGGUACACUGCUCAUGGUUGAUCUUGAGGAUGAGUACUUCAGUGAAGAGAUUCAGAAACUGAGGGAUGAUGUUGUACACAAGGGGCUUGGUCUUGCUGUUUUUGCUGAGUGGUAUCAUGUUGAUACAAUGGUGAAGAUGACAUUCUUUGAUGAAAAUACCCGCAGUUGGUGGACUCCGAUUACUGGAGGUGCAAAUAUUCCUGCCCUUAAUGAACUUUUGGCACCAUUUGACAUUGCUUUGGGGGGCAAAAUACUGAGUGGCGACUUCUCAAUCAACGGCGAGCAGUCGCACUAUGCUUCUGGGACUGAUAUAGUGCAGUUCCCAGCAGGAGGUUUUUUGCAUAGCUUCGAACUCCAUGAGAACUCCAAAGCUGCACAGGAUAGUUCAACCCCAGAUACACAAAACUCCCAGUCCCAGGAGAAGAGGAAGCUCUCCUCGAUUCUUGGUAUGACUGAAGCAGGCGAAGGGAGAAUAGCAGUUUAUGGAGAUUCAAAUUGUCUUGACAGUAGUCACAUGGUAACAAACUGUUAUUGGCUAUUGAGAAAAAUUGUGGAGUUUGUUGGCAACGGAGUCAGAGAUCCCGUCCUUUUCUCAGAAGCGGCUCAGUUGAAAUUUCCAGUUUUUGAGAACAUCCAGCAACCCUUGCGUAGACCUGAUGUAAAUUUUUCGUUGUAUUCUACUGUCACUGACAAGGAAUUGAUCUGUCACAAGGAUUCCCGGUUUGAGGUUUGGGGAACAAAAGGUUAUGGUAUUCAACCAGCAGGCACAACAAGAAAGCUGCCAGAAUACCAAGGGAGUGAAGUUUCUAGUACUCCCAAUCUGACAAUAAAAGCUUCUGAAAACAGACAAGAUGAAGGUGGCUUGCAAAAAACUAAUUCAACACCAAGUGCUAAUAAAUUUUAUGAUAAAAGAGAUUACUUUGGCUUUAUUAGUCAUGAAGAGGUUGACAUAGGAAUGUUAGUGGCAAGCCAAUGGAUGGUACCUUGCUUUGCUGCCACUACUUGCCUUAUGGUGUACCUCAGUUGCCGAGCGCAACAAAAGCGCCGUCGACGAAGGAAAGGGUUGGCAACUGGUCGUCUAACAAGUUUGGUAUAACGUGAACAGCUAUUUGGGGCCAAAUAAGGCUUUGACAGCUGCACUUUUGGCUGGCAGCCAUGGUAAGAUAACCGGAGCUACAUCGGCCAAGAGAAAAUAAAGAAGCUCAGCCCUGCUAGAGAUCCCUGAUCAUAAUUUCAGUCUGCAAUGGGCAUCAACUGAGGCUGCUCUCAGCACCGUAUCUGGGGAUGCAUGGCUCAUAUUUUAUUCUGAGCGAAGAGGGCUGGUUCAACGCUUCCGCAACUGCAUGUAGGAUCCCCACUCUGUUCCAACCUUGCAUAGCCAUCUAGUUCGUAGUUGCUCAAAAUUUUGUCUCUGUACUAAUACACUGCUUGUUAGGACAUCCUCGAUGAGAGCUAAUUCACUAGGAAGAGGCUAGAAUUAGUAGAAAAUUGCUUAUUAACCACUCACCGAGACGUGGUUUGCAAAUAUGUCAUGCAAUAGAUAUAUUUUGCUUA